AUGCACCGNCCCCAUCUACUUUUCCUGGAUGCCUAUGACUCCUUUAGCAACAAUAUCAUCAAUUUGCUUCAACAAGACCUCAAUGCUACCGUCGAAGUAAUCAAAAUUGACGAUAAGAGAUUUGCUACUGGUGACGAUGCAUGCUUUCAUGCUUUCCUUGGCCGUUUCGAUGCUGUAGUCGCUGGUCCUGGUCCGGGUGAUCCGAGAAAUCCACACGACUUGGGUCUCAUCGGUAAACUAUGGCAUUUACCAGAGGAUGCUUGUGUACCUGUACUGGGAAUAUGUCUUGGAUUCCAAAGUCUCGCCCUGGCCUUUGGAGGUACAGCUGGAAGGCUUCAUCAGCCCCGACAUGGUUUAGUCACCGAAGUUACUCACCAGGGACACUCUCUGUUCAAAGAUAUUGAUGUUCUCAUGGCCACUCAGUAUCACUCGCUUCACGCAAAGCUUGAUCACACUGUAGACCAAGCAUCUCCAGAGUUAUGGAAUACCACUCCAAGCUGCCCGGAAAUCGUACCGCUUGCUUGGGACUUGUCCGACGAUCAGAAUGGCCCGAUACUCAUGGGCAUCAGACACUUGACUAAACCUUUCUAUGGAGUGCAAUAUCACCCGGAGUCCAUCUGUACGAGCUCUGCCGGUGCGCGAAUCAUCCACAAUUGGUGGUCCGAAGCAUUGGCCUGGACUAUCGACCGGGCAGCCAGAACUCAGAAGAGCGAAACUUUGCGUCCAGUGAUCGAUGUCGAUUCACACGACACGAACAGCGAAAGCGGCGAUGAUUCGGCAAGCACAUCGUCAUCUUUGUUCGAUGCUGUCAACCCCACACUCAGAGAUACUACGGCCACGACUCCAGCUGUGACCAGGGACUCAUCAAGAAUGGGACGAUCGACCCCAUCAGCUUCAGUCAGCUGGAAGUGUGUUGACACAUCCUCCAACGAUAUCGAAGUGGCUUUGCUGCUCCAAACUUUGCAAGACAUCGAUCAGCAAGCCAUCAUGCUAGAGUCCGGCAGCAAGAACGGGCAACCUGUAAGGCCCGAGACUGGUCGCUUUAGCAUAAUCGGCUGUGUCAAGGAUGCUCAGUCGAUUCGAUACUCCACUGGAAACCACGUAAUUACUAGCGACCUCUCAGACACAGAAGCUUCAUACACAGGAUCCAUGGCAGACGUCUGGUCAAGUAUUGAGUCCUUCAUGGCUGCGAACAAGGCGACUGAUGGAAGUGCUGACGUUCCUUUCUGGGGAGGCCUUGUUGGGUUUGUGUCCUAUGAAGCUGGUCUGGAGACAAUCGAUGUUGCUCAACCGACAAACGAAGAUCGUCCGGAUGUUUGGUUCGUCUUCGUAUCACGCAGCAUCGUUGUCGAUCACGUUGAGAAGAAGAUUUACAUUCAAAGCUUGGGCAAGAACGAUGAUCAUUGGCUUAGAAAAGCUGAAAGAGCCUUGCAGGAGCUCAUUGAAAAGUCUGAUUCUCCCUCAAAAACAAAAAACGAGUCAGAUUUGUCGAUACCAUCUAUCGCCGCUCCAGCGGAGGCAGAGUAUGUGCGGAAGGUUGAGACUUGCCAGGAUCACAUUCGUGCUGGAGAUUCCUACGAACUCUGCUUGACCGACCAGAGCAUUGUCUCGUACGGUGAAAACCCCCAACCGAAGUCCUUCGAGCUCUACAAACGACUGCGCGCCUUCAAUCCGGCACCCUUUGGCGCUUAUCUGCGACUAAAAGAAGAGAACGAACACGAGAACAACGGUAUCACCAUCUUAUCCUCCAGCCCAGAACGGUUUUUGUCAUGGUCGCGAGCUGGAAAGUGUCAGUUCAGACCUAUCAAAGGCACCGUGGAAAAGAAAAAUGGCCUUAUAAGGAAAGAAGCCGAAGCAUUGUUGAACGUAGACAAGGAAAGAGCUGAGAAUUUGAUGAUUGUCGACUUGAUAAGACACGACUUGCAUGGCGUCGUAGGCUCAGGAAACGUCAAAGUCGAGAAAUUGAUGGCCGUGGAAGAGUAUCAGACUGUCUUCCAGCUCGUAUCAGUCAUUGAAGGACAACUGCAAGAAGGAUCAAGACAUACAGGCAUCGAUGUGCUAGCAGCUUCUCUUCCUCCAGGAUCAAUGACUGGCGCACCCAAGAAACGAUCGUGUGAGUUGUUGACAGGAAUAGAAGGAGAACCUAGAGGUAUCUACAGCGGUGUACUUGGAUACUUCGAUGUAGGUGGUGGUGGAGANUUUUCGGUCGUCAUUCGAACUGCUUUCCGAUGGGACGAUGAAGAUGUAUGGCGUAUUGGCGCUGGUGGAGCAGUCACUGUGCUGUCCUCGCCUACGGCAGAGUUUGAGGAGAUGGAUCUGAAGAGGCAAAGUUGCUUGCCGCUUUUCGGACAUCGUCGGGACCCUGUGAGAUAA